UCUUAUAUCAAUCCGCAUCUGUCGGCACUAACACACUAUCCCAAAGUCCCUCUACUCUCGCCAUCCCCACUCUCACUCUUUUUCUCUUAUGGCUCUAAUCUUCUUCUGCAAAUCUUUGCUUCUAUCACUCUUCUUCUUAUUCAUCGAAACCCUUGCAUUUUCAGCUGAUCAGACGGUCAAAACCUACAUCUUUCGAGUUGACAGGUUCUCUAAACCCUCCAUCUUCCCCACUCACUACCACUGGUACACCUCUGAAUUCGCUGACCCUGUUAGCAUCCUCCAUGUCUAUGACACCGUUUUCCAUGGCUUCUCUGCUUCCCUAACCUCCUCUCAAGCCGCUUCGGUCCUCCAACACCCUUCAGUCCUCGCCUCCUUCGAGGACCGCCGGAGAUAUCUCCACACCACACGGUCACCGCAAUUUCUAGGCCUCAGAAACCAGCGCGGCCUCUGGUCGGAAUCCGACUACGGAUCCGACGUCGUAAUCGGAGUUUUCGACACCGGAGUCUGGCCUGAGCGACGGAGCUUCUCCGAUCUCAAUCUCGGUCCUGUUCCGAGGCGGUGGAAAGGCGUUUGCGAGACUGGAGUCAGAUUCACUUCUAGAAAUUGUAAUAGGAAGAUAGUCGGAGCUAGAUUUUUCACAAAAGGUCAUGAAGCGGCGGGGAGAUUUGGCGGGCCGGGAGGGUUUGGAGGAAUUAACGAAACUGUGGAGUUCCGUUCGCCGAGAGAUGCCGACGGGCACGGGACUCACACGGCGUCCACCGCCGCCGGAAGAUACGCCUUUCGAGCGAGUAUGGCCGGCUAUGCUUCUGGUGUAGCAAAAGGCGUUGCACCGAAAGCUCGAUUGGCGAUCUACAAGGUUUGCUGGAAGAAUUCUGGAUGUUUUGAUUCCGAUAUCCUCGCGGCGUUCGAUGCUGCCGUGGUGGACGGCGUCGAUGUGAUUUCGAUCUCAAUUGGCGGUGGAGAUGGUGUUUCCUCACCUUACUAUCUCGAUCCGAUCGCCAUUGGAGCAUACGGAGCUACUUCUAGAGGUGUUUUCGUGUCAUCCUCCGCCGGAAACGACGGACCAAACGCAAUGUCCGUGACGAACCUGGCGCCGUGGAUUACUACAGUCGGAGCUGGCACAAUUGAUCGGAAUUUCCCAGCUGAUGUGGUUCUCGGGAACGGACGUAAACUCGCCGGUGUGUCACUCUACGCCGGGGAGCCUCUAAAUGGGAAAAUGUAUCCUCUGGUUUAUCCCGGUAAAUCAGGGGUACUCUCUGCUUCACUGUGUAUGGAGAAUUCACUCGAUCCUACCCUCGUUAGGGGCAAGAUUGUAAUUUGCGACCGUGGAAGUAGUCCCCGAGUGGCCAAGGGAUUGGUGGUGAAGAAAGCCGGCGGUGUGGGAAUGAUACUUGCUAAUGGAAUUUCCAACGGCGAGGGCUUAGUGGGCGACGCUCAUCUUCUUCCUGCUUGUGCCGUCGGUGCCGAUGAAGGCGACGCAGUAAAGUCCUAUGCUUCAUCAGGUCAGGCAACAGCGACUAUCAAUUUCCGAGGAACCAUCAUCGGAAUCAAACCGGCGCCAAUUGUGGCUUCGUUCUCGGCGAGAGGACCAAAUGGACUCAACCCUGAGAUCUUGAAACCGGACCUCAUAGCUCCGGGGGUGAACAUUCUCGCUGCGUGGACUGAAGCAGUCGGUCCGACAGGUUUGGAUUCCGAUACUCGUAAAGCAGAAUUCAACAUUUUGUCCGGCACAUCAAUGGCUUGUCCUCAUGUAAGUGGCGCAGCGGCCUUGCUCAAAUCGGCACACCCAGAUUGGAGUCCAGCGGCGAUAAGAUCGGCGAUGAUGACCACCGCUCGUAUAACUAAUAAUAAUAUGCAACCAAUGACGGAUGAGGCCACCGGAAAGCCAUCGACGCCGUAUGAUUUCGGUGCCGGACUUCUGAAUCUUGAUCUCGCAAUGGACCCGGGACUUGUCUACGAUAUCACGAACGAGGAUUACGUGAAUUUCUUGUGUGCAGUUGGAUAUGGUUCGAAGACAAUUCAAGUGGUGACGAGAUCGCCGGUGAAUUGUCCGAUGAAGAGACCGAUGCCGGAGAAUCUGAAUUACCCGUCAAUUGCUGCUCUGUUUACGAGCACAUCUAUGGGUGUAUCGAGCAAGACUUUUAUUCGGGUCGCCACAAACGUUGGUCUGACAAAUUCAGUUUACAGAGUGAAGGUGGAGCCGCCGAAAGGGGUGGCGGUGACGGUGAAACCGUGGAAGCUGGUGUUCUCGGAGCGAGAGAGGAAGCUGAGCUAUUUGGUGACUAUAACGUUCGACAGCAAGAAUGUGGUGUUGGAUGAUUCGGGUGCUGUGUUCGGGUCCCUUUCUUGGUCGGAUGGAAAGCAUGUGGUUCGGAGCCCCAUAGUGGUCACUCAAAUAGAUCCGUUGUAAAAAUGAUAUUAUAGAUCAUGUGAUUAUGAUCGAUGAUAAUCAACGGUAGUUCGGUGGAUAUGAAAUGGCAAGGGUGUAGACUUCCGCGUAUGGGGUAGUAGCAUAACUUUUGCUACGGACGAUAGAAGUAGUGUUGUUUUGUGUGGAUGUUCCCUCCUUCGAAGAGGUGGAGGAUGUUUUGUUUGCACUUCUGUUCUUUAGUUUGCUUUGGUUUUUUCUUUGUUUUUAUUCUGUUUUUUUAGUUUCAUCUAAUAGUUUGUAAUGUGUUUAUAAGCAUGAGAGGCCUAUAUGCUCAAUAUUUAUCAUAUAUAACUAUAGUUUAACCUAGAGUGAAAAAGGCAAAGAAAUGUUUUCGAGGGCACAUAUGUUUUUAUUUAAUACCAAUGUGCCUUUCUUUUA